CCAGAUGUGGAUGACAAAGUUUUUGUAAAAGAACGAAUACAAUCGGAACGUUUUUCUAUGACGGCGUUUGGGUAGUUGCCAGUUUUUUUAACUUUUUUACCCUAAAACGGUGAGGAUGAAGGACCUUUUGCGAAUAUGCCUUGGGUUCAUGGCAAUCGCGAGCUGCAGUUAUUCCGUUGUCUCUGCGAACAGAAUCAAGGACAUAUUAUAUAUGCCAAUUGAUACAGCAGCGGCUUGUUUCAGAAGACACAAUGGUACUCACCAAUUUGGGUGUUCAUCUAGCAGAUCGGGUAGUAUUGGUGUUAUUCAUUAUGUUGAAAAUGAUAUAGAUAUAGAGUGGUUAGAAAAAAAUGGUACUGCAGGACCUUAUACAAUAGUUUUGUCAUUUGACAUGUAUACUAAGAGUAAUUUGAGAAGGUUCAAAAAGUCUAACAAUAUAAAUGGUGUAUUAUUAACAAGAAACACAAGCUUAGAACAUCCAUAUAGAUAUUCCCCAGAUGACACAUGUCCAAAUAGAUACUCAGGAUCAAAAUCUUGCGAUCAUGAAUGGAACCCUUAUGGUUCUUCAUUACUCUUAGAAGACUGGCCUUUUCCUAUGUUUUAUACACAGGAUGGAGAUACUCUUAAUAAAAUAAGAGAGUGCUAUUCAAAGUACAAUGCCCAUGAUAGAGAGAAACAGGCUGAACGAUCUUUGUGUGCACUAGAGAUGAAAUCGUUCAUGUUAGCUGCUGUCAAUGCAGAAACAUGUAUUAGGCGGAGUAAUAGUGGAAUGAAUUUCAAUCCAAAUAUAUUCUGUGAUCCCAUAGGUGAUAGGAAUAUUCAUUGGCCCGCUGGUCCCAUGAGUGAUAGUGUCAAAUACGUUAUAAUGGUAAUUGCAAGACUGGACUCAAAUUCACUUUUUGAAAAUUUAAUACCUGGUGCAGGCAGUGCAGUUACUGGAUUGGUGACUUUGUUGGCUGCUGCUACUUAUCUACAUCACCUUAAUGUUACAGUCAAUGAUACAAAUAUUGUUUUCUCAUUAUUAAAUGGUGAAUCAAUGGAUUAUAUCGGUUCAAGCCGUCUAGCUCACGAUUUAAUAUUCGAAAAGUUUGAUGCGUUGGGUGGGAAAUUUUUACACUUUGAUCAAAUAAGCUCUAUUAUUGAAUUAGGUCAAUUGGGCGAGGGGGAUAUUUACUUGCAUACAAACAACUCGAAUAACAAUCCUAUAAUAGUCAAUUUACAAAAUUUAAGAAAAGAACUAAAUGCCACAUUCAUGGAUAACAGUGUACCACCAGCUUCUGUGCAAAGCUUUCUUAAACGAGAUUCAAACAUGCCAGUUGUUGUAAUAACGAAUCACGGAAGAAAUUUUACCAAUAAAUAUUACAAUGGUCUGCUAGAUGAUGCCGAGGGUCUCGGCUAUUCAAGAAACGGUUCAGAAAGGUUGACAGCCAGUUUAGCAAGAGUAGCCUCAAAACUAGGCGAGGAGCUGUACCGAAUAGCAACCAAAGGCAAGACUCCACCAAGUAAUUACACUUUUGUGGAAGAGUUAGUAGGCGAAUUAUUGCCAUGCUACCUUGUGAGUGCGAGAUGUCCAUUAUUCCGUGCUGCCUCUCCGGUAGGAGCUAAACUUCCUAAUCAAGUGUUCCCGAUGUACACAAGCGUCGUGAAGAAUGACAUGGUUUGGACAACUCUCACUGGUCAGUUGCUUGCGUUGCUUACUGGUGAACAUUUUCCACAUUUGAACACGUCCGCGGUAUGCGUCGAGAAACAUUUGCUCUGGAUGGCAGGCUAUAAUUUCAGUGGAGCUUGUAUCAACGCAACAGCAAACUUCAGUUUAGCCGUUAGUCCGGCAUUCGAUAUCGUGGAUUACGACAUGAAGACCGGAUACUAUCCAACGUGGACAGAAUCUGUCUGGCUAGACCUCAGUAUGAGAAUGCUGUUGAAGGCGCCUCCAGCCCAAGAAAGGCUAAGUUUGAUCAUCGGCAGCACUGUUGCAAUUUUGUCUUUCAUUCUCGUAUGGUUUGUCAAGUCUCGGUCUCACGUUUUGUUUAAUACUGGUCUUUUUGUAGAUCUGUCGACCUCUAGGAAUACGAGAUGGUAUCUGUGGCGGCCAGUCCAGACCUCGAUGGGAGCGAGUUACUCGUAUAAUAAUGAUCGACUAGUCCACACGAGUUAUGACAGAUCCAUUAAUGAGAACACGCCACUUCUCACUUAAGAAUUUGAACAAAUAUUUUUAUUUGGAAAAACGCGAAAUAGUGCUUGGUAUGUAUCCCGUUAUUCCGUGUGGUACAAAACGGGAGUAUUAUAGGCUUUGAGGUUGUGUCAGUGUUAGGUAAAUCUGAUGCAUUUUGUAGAACAAAAAUGUUAUUAAUGACGGAAUCAAAGUAAAAACACGAAUGAAAGAGUAUUUAGGUAUAUUGCGUUAUACUAUGAUCAUUGUGUAUCCUUCAAAACGAAUGCGCAUUUAAGUAACUAUUUAAGUGUAGAAUUUUUUUAUAAUACGUGUUUUAAGAGUUAAGUAAAGUAUAUCCUCUACUGUGGGAUAUUAAUGACUGUCGACUGUUGAUAGUUGGAA